AUGAAGAGAAAUUCUCUGAUAUUAGAAUCUUCUUCGAGUUACUUAUAUCCAACAAUGUAAGAAAAUAAUAGCUUCAUUAUUCAUAAAAAAAAAAUAAAUAGUAAUAGUAAAAAAAGAUAUAAUUUAAGUAACUCUAAAAUAAGAUCAAGCUUAGGUGACUUAAGUGAUGAUAAUAUAAACCCAAAGGACAAAAAUAUUAUCAAUUAACUUAUUAAUGACGAAAGGUAGCAUAAUUAGAAUUUGAGUAUUAUUUAAUAAAAUACUAAUUAUCGAUUUGCAGAGCCUAAAUUGACCAAUUUUAAAAAAUUACUUAAUGCUAAUAUUACAAAAUGCUAUAACUUUAUCAAUAAUAAUAAGAAGUAGAAUUAUUGUGUAAAGGAUACGUUUGUGCAGGAAAAGCUUAGCAAAACUCCUAGAAACAACGAUUAACUAAUUAUAGAUAACUCUAUUAAUGAAAACUCAACAUAAAACUAUUUAAAACAAUCUAUUUUCGAAUAAAAUUAAAGCCUUUGUAAGGAAGCUCCUUAACAUGACUUAAUUUUUAAAAAUAAUUAAGGAAACUUUAGCUUUUAUGAUUAUUCUUCAAAUUUAGAACCUACAAAACUCGGAUCUCAAACUGAAAGAGGAAUAUUAGAUACAGAUAAUUAUUAAAAAUAGUAAUAACAAAAAAUAGUAACAGUUGCUUCUUUUAAAUCAAAAAAUAGAUCAAAAUACUCUUCAUAGAAAAAGGAAAAUAAAAAAUUAGAAGAUGUUUUUAUAAAUAGAAAUAAUGAUAAUGAUUCCUAUAAUUUUAUUUUAAAUGAACAAAAAAGAAGCUAGACGACUAUGUAAAGAUAAUUUAAAAAAUAAAAACUAGAUAAUAAUAAAGCAAAGGAUACUUAUUUUGUGGACUAAGAGUUUCAAUAUAAAAGCUUAUUUGAUUCAACUAAGGACACUAAAAGAAAAUCAGAUAGCUUAUAUGAUACUUAUUGUACAGAAUACAUUGAUUGCUAGAGUGAAACAGAUGACAUAACCCUCAAGCAAAAAUAUGAUUUGGAAAAUUUCAAGAGCCAAUACGAAAAUAAUAUAAAGGGUCAAUUCGAAUACAAAAAAUGA